AAUAAUUAUUUUUCUACUUGUGUUUUGUAACAUUUGAACCUAAAAUUCUUUUUAUAUUUAUUUUCUAUCAAAUAAAUAUUAUUUUCGUGCCAUCUCCGUUCUUAUACUCAAUAAAGUCUCGAAAAUAUUAGACCCGACACGGCCCACUUAUAUACCGUGUUGUGUCUGUGCUCGUGCCUGUGCCCAUGAAAUUUAGGGCCGGCCCAUAAAUUAUUCAUGCUCGUACCAGGAUGGCCCAUUUAUUUCGUGCUCGUGCUCUAACCGUGUCGUACCGUGCUAGCCUGUGGACGGCACGGCCCGAUCCCACGUACAUGCACGAAUGAAGGACGGAAGCUAAGCUAGCUUCUUCGAACAGAAAAUCAGGCUUCUGCCAUAAUUCCCACCAGAGUGGUGUCUGGAUUUAGGUGGUAGGAUGUAGAUUGCUUGUUAGCUAGCACCUCUAUCUGAUUAUUUUUUGGGCAGCCUAACGUUUGCAAGCUACUUGUGGGCGUGGCUAAUAUAUAAGCAGGGAAUAUUAGCAUGGGAGAACCACAAUAAUAGGAAAAAAUAUCAUCAGCAAAGACAGAGUACUCAAGGCAAUUAGCUGAUCAAAGAAAGUAGCUAUGGAAGAUGUUGAGCUACCAAAGUUUGGGAGCACUCUCCCUGUGGCUAACGUCCAAGAACUGGCGAAGCAGCCGCUCGCAGACAUCCCUCCCCGCUACAUCCGCCCUGAUCAACAACCACCUCCAAACGCUGCUCUGCCCUUGGAAGAAGUCCCUGUCAUUGAUCUGCAGAAGCUCUUGUCAUCAUCAUCUCAUCAUCGUCAUGUUUCAGAGCUAGACAGGCUCCAUGACGCUUGCCAAAAUUGGGGUUUCUUCCAGUUGGUAAAUCAUGGAGUGAGCGAGGAGCUGGUGGAGAGGGUAAAGAAGGAGGUUGUGGAGUUCUUCAACCUCCCACUGGAGGAGAAGCAAAAGUACUCGCAGAAACAGGGAGACAUUGAAGGGUACGGGCAAGCCUUUGUGAAGUCCGAGGAACAAAAACUGGACUGGGCAGAUAUGUUCUUCGUCACCGCCCUCCCUAAACACCUCAGGAAACCUCAUCUCUUUCCCAAGCUGCCUCUUCCACUCAGGGAAACUUUAGAAGAAUAUUCAGCGGCACAGAAGGCCACGGCCAUGACAAUUCUCUACCAAACGGCGAAAGCUCUGAGGAUGGACGAGGACGACAUGACGGAGCUGUUCGAACAAGGGUUGCAGCAGUUUCGAAUGAACUACUAUCCUCCAUGUCCGCAGCCCGAGAUGGCGAUGGGCUUCAACCCUCACUCCGACGCCGUCGGCCUCACCAUCCUCCUCCAGAUCACCACCGACACACAAGGUUUGCAGAUCAAGAAAGACGGCAACUGGGUUCCCGUUGUGCCUCUCCCCAAUGCAUUCAUUGUCAACGUUGGCGACAUCUUGGAGAUAAUGAGCAAUGGAAUUUACAAGAGCAUCGAACAUCGAGCAACGGUCAACUCUGAGCGCGAAAGGAUUUCCUUGGCGACGUUCCUGAGCGCUAAGCUGGAUGGGGAGUUGGGUCCAGCGCCGAGCCUAAUUACGCCACAGAGCCCCCCUGAGUUCAGGAGGAUCAGCGUGGCAGAUUACUUCAAGGGUUACUUUGGGAAAGAGCUCGUCGGCAAAUCGUACAUGGAUGUCAUGAGGAUUCCCAAGCAUUAAAUUAAAAUCAAAGGUCAUGAUCAGAUGAAUAAAUUGAAGAGAGUCGAGUCGAGUGUUAGACUACUCUUUGGCUUGUAACUUUAUUCUAUGUGUGUUUGAUGUACGUACGAUUUAUUCGAGUUGUCCCAUACUGUUGUGGAAUGAUUGCUACGCGAAUUCCUAUUCCAUGCCUUCGAACGGAGCUAUUACGACAGUGCAAUAAUGUUAAAUGUACAAGUUUGUGGUUUGUCCGAUAAAAAUAUUUGUACGGAAGAAUAUAUCUACGGAUUGAAUGUGUAUCAUGCCCUUCAAACUAAGACCACUGUACCUUCUUUUAGGUUAUUGGACACAAGUACAACAAGCAUCCAGAUAUGCACCAUUCUUCGAUUGCAAAGGAGUCCCAACCAAGGAUGGGUUAGGGUCAUAACACCUAAUUUGAUGACUAGCAUUUUACUCCGCCAGUUAGCCGCAUAGUAGUCAAAUCCCGAUUUAAAUUCUAUUACCCUGCGAUUUUACUUUACCUAUUCUAAUACUGAUUUCACUAUAAAAUCUAUGGACCUUAAAAUCCUAUACUAUUCAUGAUUUAAAUCUUUGAGUAAAUUUUACUUAUUUUCCCCAAAAUUUGCAAAAUUACGCCUCUUUUCCUUUUCCUUCUCCUUCACCAACAUCAUCUAGUUCUCUCACACUAACCAUCAUCAAUUCAUAUCAACGUAUUAAUCAUCAUCGAUUCACCACCUCUUAAUUAACAAUAACCUUGAUAAAUUGGAACAUUAACCUUGAGAAAUUAUCAUUAUAAGUGUUAUUUGUUUUUGUGUUAUUCGUAAUUUUUCUUAUUAAUAUUAUUCCAUCUCAUUUUUAUAUGGACCUUAAAAUCCUACAAUUUUAACCCCAUUUUGAUUUUACGUAAAAUCCUGAUUUUGACUGCUUAGGUUGGCCAUAUGAAUUUUUUUACAAUGCAGUAUGUGUAAGUGUCAGUAUAAGUGUGAUCCAUGAUCUCAAUAAUUGCAUAUAGAUACCGGUGGUAAUUAUAUAAAUAUCACCACGUACAUUUACGAAUAAAAAUGUUAGCACGCUCAAUUCAAUAUGUGUUGAUAUUUGCUCCUCUAUUAGUAUAGUUGUCCAAUUGUUGUGCGAUUAUCUCAUUUUAUGUUGACAUGUAACCAUUAGCAACUCUUUGUUGGAUCCAUGUUGGAAAUUCGUCUUUUUUAUCAUUACUUAAAAUUCCCUUCAUUUAUAUAUCUUAUCACCAAUGUAGUCAAAAGCGAGUUUCUAGGUAGAAACGUUUUGAUGUUCUGAAAGUGUAAAAUCAUAAGUUUUUAAGUUUUAAAACGGAAUUUUUAUUUAUAUAAAUUAUAACAACUGAGAUUUUGUGUAGAAGCAUUUUAGUGACCUAGAAAGUAUAAAAUCGUAAGUUUUUAAAUUUUAAAGCGCGAUUUGACUACAUUACUUAUCACUAAUCAAUGGACCAUUGCUACAAUGUCGGUAUGUGUAAGUGUUAAUUAAUAUAAGUAUGACCCAUAAUCUCAAUAGUUUUUUUGGAUAAAAUCUUGAUAGUUGCAUACAUGUACUGGUGGUAGUUAUAUAAAUGUCAUUAUGUACGUUUACAAACGAAAUGUUAACCCGCUUGAUUACGUAUAUGUUGAUUACGGGAACGGAUCAGGUUUGAAACUCUAUGGUCAGUAACUAAGAGUAACCUGUUCACAUCAGCAUGAUAUCAUUAUUCUUUCUCUCCUAGAAAAUCUUUUAUCGUUUCCCCUUCAAUCUUUAAUGGAUGAUUUCUCUCUCGUUUUAAGUCGAUUUUUUUGCACAGAUAGAUCAGAUUAAAUGUGCUCUUUAAAAUGAUAUCCACUUUGAUAUAUUUUUAGUACAAAAAAUAUUGAAUAUUUUUUUACCAGUCAUUACCAUAUGAUAUGCUCUUAUUUAAUACCAUAUGAUAAGAAAACGUACCAUGAUGG